AUGUCCGACCCUCGACGCUCCAUGCCCCUGACCUUCCUGUCCCUGGGCCCCGUCACCUCCGAGUCCUUUCCAAAGUCGCAGCAGCCCAAGCAGGCUGGCGAUGGCCACAAGAGGCGGAGUUCUUCGCUCAGCAGCGACGGCAAGGGUUCCGCCCCGGGAUUCCGCGUCCUCAAGGUCGCCCCUGUCCACUACGGCGAGCAUGCAGGCGACCACCAGGACGACUGGCACAACGCCGCUGCUGUUGCCGAGUGA